ACAGAUUCCAGAUUCUGCGGAAAGCCCCCGCAAGUGGCUCAAUCGUGCAGAGGAAUGGAAAUAUUCAUUACAAUUGAAUUUUGCGCCUUUAUUUGGAAACACUUUACGUGUUAAACUCACAACUUUGUAUGUCCCUUCGCGGCCACGAUAGUUAUUGUUGACCUUGCAUUUGAAAUGGAUUGAAACCAUACUGUAAACAAGCGGGGCAUAUCCCAUGCACAUGUCGUUUCUAUCUGUCCGUGCAUAUCAUAUGCGGAAUGCAUUGGGAAGAUUGCCCUUGAAUCUAAACAUGGCUUCACAGCACAAGCCGGUCUGUCUGAAAGAUUUCGAGGAACAUGCACGAUUAGUCUUGCCUGACCCCGUCUACAGAUAUUACAGUCACGGUUUUUAUCCCGAACAGACACUGAGAGACAACGAAGAAGCCUUCAAAAGAUAUCGACUGAGGCCCCGCCUACUACGAGAUGUCUCCAAACGAGACAUGCGUACCACCAUGUUGGGUCAAGACAUUGCCUUCCCCAUAGCUGUAGCACCUACGUCGAUGCAUUGCUUGGCACACAACGAUGGAGAAUUGGCCACAGCUAGAGCUGUCGGAUCCGUUGGAACGGGUAUGAUUCUGAGUGCUGGUACAAACUCGACCAUGGAAGACGUAGCGGCUGCCUUGUUCCCAAACGGACUACGGUGGGCCCAGCUCUACAUAUUCAAGGACUUGAGCUUAGUCCGUCGGAUCGUGAAGAAAGCUGAGACGAACGGAUACGGUGCCCUGGUGGUGACGAUUGACUAUCCGGUCUCGAAUAAAGGACCAUGGGGGAGUCUGAGGAUACCUCCACAUAUCAAGAUGGCCAAUUUUGCCGACGUCGAGUUGUCCCGAUUGUCGUCAGUUGUCAUAAAUGAGAGUGUCACCUGGAAGGACAUAGACUGGUUACAUAGCAUCACCUCCCUACCUAUUGUACUCAAGGGCAUACGCACAGGCGAGAUGGCGCGAGAGGCUUUGAACCAUAAUAUUGCAGGGAUUGUUGUUUCCAAUACCGGCGGUCGUAAUCUAGAUGGGUUACCUGCUACGAUCGAUGCGUUAUCUGAGGUAGUUGAAGCGGUGCGUGGUUCCUGUAUGGAGGUCUACCUUGACGGAGGAGUACGGACAGGCACCGAUGUGUUAAAAGCGUUGGCCCUGGGAGCUAGGGCCGUCUUCAUCGGUCGACCGAUUAUCUGGGGACUCGCCUAUGAUGGAGAAGCUGGCGCGCGGACUGUUCUUGAGAUCAUCAGGGAUGAAUUCAGUCUUGCAAUGGCACUGUCAGGCUGUCCCAAGCUGUCUGACAUUACACCGGAUUUGGUCAUAAGAGAUCUGCGGUACUCUGCAAAGCUGUGAAUACCAUUAGCAAAGACUAUCUGUGAGGGUCUGAGGAGUGCAUCCCAAAUCAUGUGUUCAACUAACAAGAAAACAAAUCAAGACUUUUAACUCUGAACUACUUGAACUGAGCAUGUGAGGCAGCAAGUUUUCAACAACACAAACACAAACCAAGAAUUCUUAGCCAUAUCCCUUUUUCACUCAAACACUUGAUAUCACUGUGGAACCCAAUGUUCCAAUCUGGUUUUGCAAAAACCAUAUAAUGUUAGGAAUAUCAAAUACAGAACUGAUCAAAAUUCACUGAGGGUCACAUAUUUGAAAAUGUUAUCAACCUGAAAUAUUUCUCAUCAAAAUUAUAAGUAAUUAUCUUACUCAGAACUACCAACCAAAAGGUGGGAGAAUUUAAAUUAAAUUUAACCAAUUACAAUGUACAUAUAUAUUUCUGCUUUUAUUAAAUUGUCGAUGUCAAGGAAGAGUAAACAUAAAAUAUCAAUUAAGAGAAACGGCUGAUUAGAUAAGAAAUUUGUGUCUUAGCAAGAGCUCUGCUCCAGAAAUGAAUUAUGUUUAAAAACAAAACCUGCGCGUGGGUACCCUAAAAAAGUGGAAUUUUAAGUUUACCUCUAAGAACAAGUGGGAUUUGCCGUCGCAAUGUGUACACGUACAAGAUAAAUUGUGGUUAGUUUUACAAAUACAGUCCCCAUAUUCUAAAAUUUCACAAACAAAACAACAGUUUAUAAUCAAGUUUAAAAAUAAUUUGUUAGACAAGUAUAAGUAUAUAGUUAUGAUAAAUGUGUCUUCUCCUAACUACCCUUACCAUGAGGGCUUCAUACAAUUCAAAAAUGACGAAACAAUAAAGACUUAAGAUGCGAAGCUGAUCCUAAUGGGAUAAUUGUUUUGCUGAAAAUAUCAGGAAGAACAAAAAAAAAAGAAUUUUACAAGGGUAACAAAGAAUCUCAAUACUUUAUCAUCCGCUUUGCCAAAUUACAACAUAUCCAGUGGAAUAGAUGGUGUAUUCGAUAAAAGAGUUUAGUAAUUUCAAAGUACAAGUAUAUUUUUAUAUUAUAAAAACCUUGCUAUCUAUAUACGUUAAUCUAUAGGUUUAUUGUAGUCUAAUUACUUGAUAGGUGAUCUGUGCACAAGUCCUGCAUUAUUUGGUAAUAAAAUUGACGUGUUAAUAAUA